CCGUCACGAAGUCCCCGCGAAUCGUCGCAUAGACGUUGUAAAUUAUUAUAAUAUUAACAUGACGUGAAUGAUGUGUGCAAUGCGGUCGUCUCCGACAUUGCAAGGCUACGGUCGUUAUUUCAGGUAGGUAGGUAGACUGACUGACUGACGGACUGACCACGAGUACACGAUGUUUGCGACGGGCGGAAGAUAUCGUUCGCGCGAAACGUUCUUGCAAUGGCGUUUGGCCAUAAAUAGAGGUACGUACGGGCCGUCGACGGUCUUGAGGGGCGGUCGGACCACGACGACGACGACGGCCGUACGUACGUUUUUUUGUGGCAUGAUUAGUUUUGCUGGGAGGGGAGAGAGUAAGAAGGAUCGAGGUGGCCUGCGACUGUUGUGGCGACCGUCGACCACGUCUUGCCGUCUCAGUCUCUUGGCAGUUGGUGGCGAGAACUGCCAUCACGCACGAUCAACUACGACAGUACUGUCGUAACAAUUAUAUUUUAAUACUAAGCACAAACAUAUUUUCGUCGUUCAAUUUUGAAUUUUCCUAGGGGCCAUUCUACAUUCGACAUCGACGUCCGAUCAACAAACAUUGUAUUUUAUCAUAAACCAUAGUCCAUAAUAUUAUCGGUUGUUAAAUCUGUAGCAGCCUUUGGUUUCAUGGAUUUGUCGUUAGACAGCAGUGAAUAUUGCCAGGCACAACACAAUAAAUUGGAUGUGAAUGCAUACUAAAUCAUUUUAUUUGAAUAUUAUGCUUGCUCGUUGAACACGCAUUGAUCCUAAUCUAUCCUUAUUGUUGAAUCGUUUUCCUCGAUAAUUUAGUAUAAUUUGUUGGUCGUAAGAACAAAAACGCCGCUGUUAAUUAAUGGACUAAAGACUUGACUGUUUUUUGUCUUCAGUUUUCAGUUUGGACUUGGACAUCAUCUAAACAGUAAUUCGUCCUUAUAUAAUUUAAUUUUCCUGUUAUAUAUUAUAAAUCGGCUCAAUGAGCAACGAAACCAUAAUGCGUCAAAAAGACAUAAGACCCCCACCCUGUGAGAUAGAUUAUAAAGGCAUGAGAUUUCUAAUCACCGAUAGACCUAAUGAUCAGAUAAUUCACAACUAUGUAGCUGAAUUAAAGAGGCAUAAUGUCAAACACGUUGUGCGUGUUUGUGAACCAACAUACAAAAUAGAUGAAUUGAAAGCAGAAGGUAUUGUGGUGACAGACUUGGCAUAUGAUGAUGGUACAUCCCCUGCAAAUGAGUUGAUAGAAGAAUGGUUUGAACUAUUACGAAAUCAAUUCCGUAAGGACGAGGGCAGCUGUGUUGCUGUACAUUGUGUGGCUGGUUUGGGUCGAGCGCCUGUCUUAGUUGCUUUGGCAUUGAUAGAACUUGGGCUGAAGUAUGAAGAUGCUGUUCAAUUAAUCAGAGAGAAACGAAGAGGAGCUAUAAAUUCUAAACAACUGGCAUUUCUAGAAAAGUACCGUCCGAAAUCUAAACUGAAGAUAAAGAAUGGACAUAAGGCUACUUGUUGCAUCCAAUGAACACAUCCCCCAUAUCUCGGUCAUACUAAACUUAAACUAAUAACCAUUUUAUGCAUAGCACAAAUAUAAUAAUCACCAAAAACACUUAGAGAAACCCAUGAACACUAACAAUCGAAUAUGUAUUGCUGUUGCGAUAAAAGAUCUGAUAACCUUUCAUCUAGUAUAGUGCAAAAUAAUUAGCGUGUUUAAAAUAAGAUUUAAUGAAAUUGAAAAUUUAAUUUAAUUUGCUUUUCCCAAAAUUUCUUCAACUUUUGCUUUACAUCCUAAAUAAUAGGGCGUUUAGUAAUACACUAUUAAAGUAACUUAUAACAAUAAUAAUAAUCAAUUUAUUUUUUAUUUUUGUGAUAAAAUAAAACCAUAUACUGUCAAAUAAUGCAUUUCUCAUAACCAAUGUCUUCUAAAAAAAAUAUUCAAAUCAAAUUGAUAUCAAUAUACAACUAAACUCAUUUUAUACUUUGAUACUAUUUUGUUUAUUCCAUUAUGUUCAAAAUAUAUUAUAAAAGUGCUUUCAAUCACAAAAUAAUAUAAACUUUAAACUUAUGGUUAGUUCCAAAAAUAAUGGAGUAGAUGAUCUUGUCUAUAAUCAAAUUUUGGAAGUACAAUGAGUUUACUAACUUACCAAAAAGCAUACCAGUUAUGAUUAUGUAACAAAUAUUAGCUAAUUACAUUUUGAUUAUACUUGUAUAAUAUAAUAACUUAUUAUAAUAAAUUAUCGAUGCGCGUACAUUUCCCCCCCGACUAUUAUUGUGCAUUGUAUUUUUUUUUUGAAUUUUAAGUAUUUUUGCGAAUGUGUAGCAAUUUGUUUCCAAAAUAUAAACAAAUAUAUAUAUAUAUAUACAUAGAAA